AUUCAUGAGUUGUAGGGAGGGACUUAUGUCACCACAAACAGAGACUAAAGCAAGUGUUGGAUUUAAAGCUGGUGUUAAAGAUUAUAAAUUGACUUAUUAUACUCCUGACAACAAAGUCAAAGAUACUGAUAUCUUGGCAGCAUUCCGAGUAACUCCUCAACCUGGAGUUCCACCCGAAGAAGCAGGGGCUGCGGUAGCUGCCGAUUCUUCUACUGUUACAUGGACAACUGUGUGGACAGAUGGACUUACCAGUCUUGAUCAUUACAAAGGGCGAUGCUACCACAUCGAGGUUGUUAUUGGGGAGGAUAAUCAAUAUAUUGCUUAUGUAGCUUAUCCUUUAGUCCUUUUUGAAGAAGGUUCUGUUACUAACAUGUUUACUUCCAUUGUGGGUAAUGUGUUUGGUUUCAAAGCCUUAUGCGCUCUACGUUUGGAGGAUCUGCAAAUUCCUACUUCCUAUUCCAAAACUUUCCAAGGCCCGCCUCACGGCAUUCAGGUUGAAAAAGAUAAGUUGAACAAGUAUGGUCGUCCCCUAUUGGGAUGUACUAUUAAACCAAAAUUGGGAUUAUCCGCAAAAAACUACGGUAGAGCAGUUUAUGAGUGUUUACGUGGUGGGCUUGAUUAUCCAAUUUGA